AUGUCUGAGCAAUUGAAUCCUGUCGCCUUGGUCGUUGGCGCAUCUCGGGGCAUCGGCCGCCAAGUUGCCAUUGACCUGGCCAAAAAUGGGUACAAAGUUGUUGUGGCGGCCAAAACUGUCAGCAUUGGAAAUGAAACGUCUCCUUUCCCACCUGAUCCCAAUUCUAAACAGUCAACUAUUACAACUGUGACCCGCGAGAUCCGUGAAGCUGGUGGAGAGGCAACGGCAAUCCAGGUUGAUACAAGAAGCCCCGAGAGCAUCACGAACAUGGUUGACUCUACGGUGAGAACAUACGGAUCACUAGAUGUGUUGAUCUAUAACCCAGGUGCCAUUUGGUGGUCCUCGGUUGAGAAGACACCCCUAAAGCGCUUCCAGCUCCUUUCGAGUGUGAACAUGGAAGGCUUGUACGCUACUAUCCAGGCUGCGUUUCCGUAUUUUGAGCGCGGUGGCUGGAAGUCCCGGGUCAUAGUAGUGAGCCCUCCUAUUUACUCUCGCUUCUUCAGAGGAAAGACGGCGUAUGCGAUGGGGAAAGUUGCAAUGUCUGUACUUACCAAAGGGUUGGCUGUGGAUUGGAAGAGAGAAGGGAAGAAUGAUAUGGCCAUCACCAGCAUUUGGCCUGCUGUGGCGAUUCAAUCAGCGGCGACACCUGAUCCGAGGAUGCUGUCGGAUUUGAGAAAACCGGUCCGUCUAUUUAUUGAUUCCGCCACUUACUUCAAGGAGCUAACGAACGGCCAGACAAUCUUCUCGGACGCGAUCCUAGAGUUGCUAAAGGCGCCUCCGGAGCAGAUCAACGGAUGUCUCGAGCUUGAUGAAGAUUUCCUACGCAAAAGAGGAGUAACCGACUUCUCCAAGUACAGCGUGGUGCCUGGCACAAACCCGCGACGAAUGCUCCCAGCUACCCUUCCGGAUUUGACAGUGCCGGAAGAAGAGGAGGAGGGGAUACGGAUUGAUAGCGCGAAGAUGAAGUCCAGCCUGUAG